AUGGCUUCUCACCAAACUGGAAAAAUUACAUCCCAUUGGAAUGAUCCUGCUUCCUAUAUCUUUCUAGAAUCACAAACAAACACUUCACAGAACCCAAGUCGCUCGUUGAAGAAAACCGCUUCUAGUCGACGAUUGGUAUAUGAAGAAGCUAAUAAGUCAUUGGAAUCUUCACAUGCAUUGCCUGUAUCCAAAAGACAUCCCUCUUUGCAUAUACCGCCCACGAUACCUUCUAACCUUUAUCCUCCUACAGCUUUAGAACCACCGAAGCAUUCUGCCCAUUUAAGUGCUGAAAGUCCUUUGCCAUUGAAUGGGCGGCACUUGGAAAUCGCAAAAGAGAACCAACAAACAAGUCAGUAUGUAGGUUCAAGAAGCACAGAAGGUAGUGCGCAUAAGAAUAUAGAAGUCUCUGCUCUUCAGAAGUCUAUCCAAAACAUUCUUGAAAUAAAGUCUUCUUUAGAUCCAUCAGUCCAUGAAAUGUUGAAGAGUCGAGUGGAAAAGAGUCUUUUAGAACCAGGCUUUCUCGAUACGUUUGAUGAUGUAUGGCUUGAAAAGCUCUUGGAGGUUUCACGUUUGACUCUUCAAGGUGAGAAUGCUGAUGCGAAGGCUGUCCUUGUAAAUAUGAUGUGUAGCGGUGUCGUUCCCAACUGCGUUCGCUGGUGUCCUGUGCUGAAAACCAUCAUUGAAAAUGUAUCUCUCUGA